AGCCAUGACUUUAUCAUGUAAAGUCUGAGGAGUUUAUGAAGAUAAUAAAUAUUUUCUCCUUUCUUUGUUCAUAGAUGGAUAUGAGUCUAAAGGAGUUACUAGCAGCCGUCUUCCAAAGGCUACCUGUGUCCACAGAUCAUUUUGUGAAGGAAUUCCUUCACGUUCUCCACCAGGAUUUGUUUCCCUGCGUGGUUCCUGUGGGAGUGGCCGCUACGUUUAUGUCCGUCCUCUCUGCCGUCUUUGUGGCUUAUAGAUGGAACCGAACCCCAAAGUGCAGAUCCUCCGAAGUAGAUGAAGGUGAUGCAUCCUGCACUGUGGGAGCUAAAGAGACAGAGAGGACUCAUGCGAUGAAGACGAAUCCGAGAAGCCAGGUCUCCCUCAGUCAACUGCAGAGCGUCGUCACGACGACGUGGAUAAACAAACUGGAAGAACGUUUGAAACAAAGUGACAUCCUUCAAAAACAGCUGGAGAACGAACUGGAAACUGCAAGAAGAGAUCUGGAGAACAUGACGGAGGAGCACAACAAGCAGCAGAGCUUGCUACAAGAAUCCAAGCGUGAAGCCGAGUCUCUGAUCAAGGAGAACCAGGAGUUAGAGAAAAAACUGACUGAAGUUAGGAAAGACGACGUGAAGCAGCCUGAGGCUGAAGUCCUGCAGCAGCUGAAGUCUGAACAGCUAAAGAGAGAAAAGGCUGAAAAAUCCCUGCAGGAGCUGAAAACAGAGCUGGACACCAAAAACCAAAAGCUGGAGAGUUUAUCAAAAAAGGUUGAAAUUCUCCAUGAGAUGAUGAAGAAGACAGAAGAGUCUCAGCAGGUGUUGAUGAAGGAGCUGGAAAACCAUAAAAACCAGAAAAACCCGGAUCCUGAUCAAUCUGCAGCCGUUGAGGAGUUAAAAGUGGAGAACAUGACGUCAGAGAUAACGGAGCUCCGCAAAGAGCUGACAGAAGCCCAGGCUCAGUCUGAGGCUCUGGCAGAAACGAACCAGCAGCUGGAGGCUCAGCUGGCUGAUCUGAAGGAGAGAUACAACCAGGAGUAUAAAACAAUAAUCGCAGAGGAGCGAGAGUGGAGGGAGGAGCUUGACAGAGACCUGAAGGUUCUGAGGAAGGAAUAUGAAAAUAAGAACAACCAGCUGAGAGAAAUCCAAAAGGAAGCAGAAUCUAAAACCUCUGAAGACGUUUCAGCACCGGCAGAGGAAGAGGAAGAGGAAGAGGAAGAAGAUUCAUAAAACUAUAUAUUUAAUAGUCUUUUAGAUGAACUGAACUUCAGCAGUUAGCUAAUGACAACUCUGAAACUGCUAUUUUUAAUUUAAGGCUUGGAAAACAGUCAGUUCAAUCACAUUAUUUAAUUAGGUGAUGG